UUGGCAACAGUGAACUGCCAUUGAAACCUCACGCAUUCAUUAAGCAGUUUACAAUACAGCAGUCUGGAGCCAAACACGUUCGCUGCCUGAAGAACUUCCUUAUUCAAGCUGAUGUACCACAUAAUUUGGAUUAAACUGAAGGCCAUGAAGAAAUAUUUUUUUGUAUUACUAUUCAUAACAUUUAUAACUUUGGGGGUGUAUUUUAAGAUGAAGAACAAUGAAAAGAAGAAUAAAGAAGUGUUGAGUCUGAAAGACAUGAUUGUAGCUAAUCCAGUUUCCAGUGACAAUCUCCUGCAGAAGAUUUUGAAGGAGGACUCUAAAUGGCUGCAGUUAUAUGAACGUGAACCAAAGCACAAACCCAGCUUCACCUACUUGACCUCGGAACAUUCCCAAUGCAGGGAUGAGACGCCUUUUGUGGUCAUUUUCAUUGCAUCCCGUCCAAGUGAAGUCGAAGCGAGACUGGCAAUUAGAGCUUCUUGGGCCAGUAAGAAGCAAUGGCAUGGGAAAUCUGUUCUCACCUUGUUUCUCCUAGGCAAUGAAAGCAGAGAGCAAACGGCAAAAUUAUAUUUAGAAAAUGAAAAAUACAGAGAUAUAAUAAUUCAAGACUUUCUCGAUUCCUAUGAAAAUCUAACACACAAAACCAGAAUGGCUUUUCAGUGGCUGCAUGAUUUCUGCCCAAAAGCUCAGUACAUUAUGAAAACUGAUACUGAUGUCUUUGUUAAUCCUGGCAAUUUAGUCAAUUAUCUGCUGCAGCAGCCCGAGACAGAACAUUUUUACACAGGCUAUCCAUUUGUGAACACGUAUCCAUACAGAAACACGUUCAGUAAGAACUAUAUCUCCACUGAAGAGUACCCUCUGGAUAUAUUCCCUCCUUAUGGUAGUGGGCUGGGGUAUGUUAUUUCAGGGAGUCUAGCAUUGAGAAUCUAUGACAAAAUGUGCCAUGUCAAGCCAUUUAGGAUUGAAGAUGUUUAUGUGGGAGUCUGUGUAAAGUUAUUAGGAGAUGAGCUGCACAUACCAAAAGACCACCUCUUUUUCCUCUUUAAAACAGAACUGGCAGACAAAAUUGAAAGUUUAAUUGCAGCACACUGGGUGAAUCCAGCAGCCAUGAGAGAUUACUGGGAGACACUUCACAGCUCAUCUUAAUAUAACUGCAGUCAACACUGUAGGAUGUACUGUUUUUCGUGUUUUUCUUUGAUGUGUUACUGUUUUUAGGAAAACACACAUUCUGUUUAAGGUAAAAUACCCUGCUGGAAAUUCCAACAAUGACCAGCACUUAGUAAGAGCUUAACGUUGACUGGUUUUCAACUAGUCAUGCUGGCUCAAGAGACUCAGUGCAGGUUUAUGCAUUGGUUAAGCUGAUCCUAGAGUCAGUCAAUUCUUGUCUCUACCCCUAAAUUAAUUGAGUUUCUAUAAAUCUGCACAUCUCUUUUAUAUAUCUGCUGGGUGCCCAGUUGGAAACCAGUAAAUAUUUGUCCCCAUUCCUAAUUUCACUGGCUCAUCAGAUACUAGUGAAGAGAUUGCAUGUAGUCUGUCUAAUGUAUUAAACAGCUAAAAACAGUGGGCCGUAUUUACAAAGGAUUUACCACCACACACAGCUAACACCUUUUUCUUUACAAAAAUAAAACAAAUUGCAGUGGCUACAAUGCUUCAAAUAAAUAACUUAUUUAGUUAAAUUAGAAGCAUGUUUCCUCCUAAUUUCAUAAGUUUGUUUUUUUUGUUUCACAAAAAAUGGCAAAUGUACAGUGGUAAAUGCUUUGUAAAUGUGUCCCACUUGUUUUCUAAACAUGUAAGUGACAGUUAUUAAUAUAUUAAUAAGUUUGAUUUUUAAUGUGUAUUAAAAUAUUGUGUGAAAAAAAAAAAAAAUCCACAU